AUGGGUCGGGAUAUAUACCGAGGCGAAAAGGAAGAAGGGGUCCGCUGCAAUGACGAAGACAUCCUGACUGAAGCCCGUGAGAUGUGGAAAAAUGUCCAUGGGUCCCGAUUUAUAUUGGAGCAUGCAUGGAAUGUUCUGAAACACUACGACAAAUGGACAGAUCGCACCCAAAUGAGCGACGGGAGCUCAAAACGGUCUGGUCCAAAUGAAGGUGUGAGCUCAAAACGUCCUGACGGCGUCAAGAAAGUUAAGAGUAGGAGAAAAGCCCCAAUAUCCAGUUCUACAUCUCCAUCUCCAUCUCCAUCCUCUUCGGAAUUUACGAGGAGGAUUAGUUUGGGAGAAGACUUACUUGAGUAUCAAAAGGAGCGUGAUGCCUUGAGAGAAUCAACGAAAGAGGAAGAUAGAAAGUUCAAAAUUAAUGGCUAA